AUGGCUAAUUUGUUCUUAUGGCCAUUCACAGAAACCCAAGAGAUAGAAGUGGGUUCUGUGUACGAGAUUGAUCAUACCAAGCUACCACCCAGAACCCCAGUUCAACUCAAGUGCAUCCGGGUCGUUAUGGUGAGUGAGAAGACGGAGUUGAAUGUUUCGGUGAGAUUUCCAAGCAUCGAGUCGCUUCAAAGGUAUUUCAGCAACAGAACCAGAGAGAUGUACCCUGAGCUGGACGAGAGGUUCGUCAUGGGGACAACCCUCGCCGAGAAAGUGCUUUUUCGGAAAAUCCCAUCUCAAGAAUUUGCAGAGAAGAAGCAGUCAAAUGAGUUCUGGCUGGAAAUCUGCAACUCGGUUUCUGGGUUUGGAGAUGUGAUUUCGAGGAAGUCCGGCACAUGUGUGUCAGAGCUCAAAUGCAACGGAAUGAUUCGCUGGGGUGUACGCCGCCAAGUCAGGUACAAGCUAGCGGAGAGAAAUCUUUUAGAGGUGAUGAAGUCUAAGGGUGCUGUGUUUGGGAGCCCAAUUCUCCGGCCAGAACUAAGGGCGGAGGCUCGCAAGCGAAUUGGGGACACCGGUUUGCUGGACCACCUCCUGAAGCACAUGGCUGGGAAGGUGGCACCUGGUGGGUCUGACCGGUUCAGGCGACGGCACAAUGCAGAAGGAGCAAUGGAGUAUUGGUUGGAAAGUGCUGACCUUGUUGAUAUAAGAAGGGAGGCUGGGGUUCAAGAUCCUUAUUGGACACCCCCACCGGGUUGGAAGCAAGGGGAUUGCCCGACUCAAGACCCUAUCUGUGCUAUGGAGCUGAAACAAUUGAAGAAGGAGACCACCAAAUUAGAAAGAGAUAUGGAGGAGAUGGUAUCUAAGAAACAGAUGGACGAAGAAUUGGCAAAACUAAGAAGAGAGAUGUUGGAGUUGCUAUCAAUUAAACAGAAUGAGGAAAGUCAAGCAAUUGUAGUCUCAAAUCCUUCCGCGACCAGUCAGAAUUUGGAUCUUGAUACUUCUUUGUUGGUUCCUUUCAAAUCUGACCUUGAUAGUUCAUUUAUCACAUUGGAAAAGUAUAAGGAACAGCUGAUGGUUAUCUCAGAAUACGUGAGCAGAAUUGAGGAAGAGAUAAAAAAGCUAAAGUCCAAGGUGGGAGAAGAAGAAACAAAGUUGGACUCAUCAGCAUUAAUGGUGGCGACAGAGUGUUGUACUGAAAAAGAGAAAAAGAAAGUGGGAGAAAAUGGCAAACAACAGGAAGUGGGAACAGAAGGAGCUGAUAAUCAGAGCAAGACAAACACAGCAGCAGAAAGGACAGCAGCAGAGCAAAAAGCAGCAAAGAUACAGAGGCUGAAGAGUGGGUUUAGGAUCUGCAAACCCCAGGGGACUUUCCUUUGGCCAAACAUGGCCAGCAACAACAACAAAAACAGCAACGCCAAUACCAGCAUGUUGUCUUCUUCUCAGGUUGUGGUCCAGGUUGAAGAUCUUUUAGUGGUCCCAACCCCACCUUCAGUCUCUUCCUCCACCGCCUCUGCUCCUCCUCAACUGCCCUUCCACCGCCACCACCACCACCACCCAUCUUCCCCAGUUAAGCCCUUGGCCGAGAGGCGAGCUGUUACUGUCACAGUAUCUGCCAUUGGAAACCCCAAUGUCUCUACUACCACCACCACCACCACCACUACCACCUCCACCAUCACCAACAAGACCUCCUCCACUCUCCUCAACCUCAAUGACUUCCCCACCACUAACCCUGGAGAUGGAUUCUGUGGGACCCCAUCCACACGCCAAACUGUUAACAACACUACUUUGACACCUUCCAAGGUUGAGGGUGAGAUGGGUCGUCCAUGGGAGGUUGUGGGAGGUAAAAGCAGUGGGAAGCGGACAGAAUCAAAUCAGCAGCAGCAAGAGGAAGGGGGAAGCUCCUCCACCUCCGCCGCCUCCACCACGUGCUUGCCAAAAGGAGUGGGGACCUGGCUGGCUCUGGCUACUCCCACCCCUGCACUCGAUGACUCUACUCGCGGAUAA